CUCCCAGCCCUUUGUAAGCGGGCAGAUGCAGCUGUCAGCCCGCUCGGCUGCUGAUCCCGGCUCGCUCCCGGACUAGGAAUGGGCUGGAGGAGGUCGCCUGUUGCCCUCCUGCUGGCCCUGUGGCUCGGCCAGCUGGGCACGUGGGCAGCGGGGCGCCCCAAGGUGAACCCCAGGAUCAUCGCGGCUCCCCAAGGUGCCAAGGAAUAUGUGUUCCCGCGGAGGGAGAGGUUCCCGGUGUUCUUCCACCAGGAAAACACCUCCUCCAUCUUCGUCGGGGGCGAGGGGAGGCUCUACUACUACGACUUUGCAAGCCGCGAGAACUACACGGAAGAGUUCCCAGUGAAAAAUGAAGGCCAGUGCGUGAUGUCUGGGAAUUUGGAGGACAGCCGGAAUUACCUGACCUUGGUGGAGCAGUACGGGGACGGGCUCCUGGUGUGCGGGACCGGCGCCUGCGCUCCCACCUGCUGGAAUGUGACGCAGAGGAAGGAGAGCCCGCCCUGGGAUGGGAGAGGGAUCGCUCCCUUCACCCCUGACUCCAACACGCUCGUCGUCGUCGAUGGCCAGGACAUCUACUCCACCAUCAAGAAGAGCCAGCAGAACGGGAAGAUCCCGCGUUUCCGCCGCGUCAGGGGCGGCGGAGAGCUCUACACCAGCGACACGGUGAUGCAGAACCCUCAGUUUGUCAAGGCCACCACGCUGAGGCACGAGGAGCCUCACCAGGACAAGAUUUAUUACUUCUUCCGCGAGGACAACCCCGACAAGAGCCCCGAGGCGCCCAGGAACAUCUCGCGGGUGGCCCAGCUGUGUAAGGAGGACAAGGGAGGAACCAGCUCCCUCUCGGCCUCCAAGUGGACCACGUUCCUCAAGGCCACGCUGAUCUGCGUGGACCCCGUCACCAAGGGCAACUUCAACUGGCUGCAGGACGUCUUCUUCGUCCCCGCGGGCGACUGGCGGCGCUCCAAGGUCUACGGGCUCUUCACCAACACCUGGGGAAGCUCUGCUGUCUGUGUCUACUCCUUUGGGGACAUCGACAACGUGUUCCGGACAUCCCGGCUCAAAGGCUACACCGGCCCCACCCCGGAGGUCAAACCCGGCCAGUGCGUCCCCUCCGGGCAGCACACCCCGAGCGAGACGUUCAAGAUCGCCGACAGCCACCCCGAGGUGGAGGAGCGCGUGGAGCCGCUGUCGCCCUCCAGGAGCCCCCUGUUCCACAACAAGCACCGCUACCAGAAGAUCGGGGUGCACGAGGUGGCCGCGGGCGACGGGCAGCGCUACAACGUGCUCUACCUGGCCACAGACAAGGGCUCCAUCCACAAGGUGGUGGAGCUGCCGGACGGGGUGCAGAACGUCAUGGAGAUCCAGGUGUUCCCCAACAAGGACCCCAUCCAGUCCAUGAUCCUGGACCACGCCAGGGUGGGUCCCUGCUCCAGGGCAGGAGGGUGGAGGGUUGGUCAGGCUGAGACAGAGGGGUCAGCGCCAGCGCGGGGGGCUGGGAGUGGGAUCAUGGAAUUCUUCGGGUUGGAAGGGACC